GAAAUUCUCAUUCCUGUGAUUGUUAAAAUAUGAGUUUAUGUGGAAUGCCGCCUUUUCUACUGUCUUAUUAGUUAUUCAAUCAGCUGUUUGUCAAUAUAUAUUUGUCUCGUUCUUACAAGUGUAAUUGUAUAUAUGUGGUCUUUUUCGCAUAGUUUCAUUUUUGGGCAUUCUAUUUUGGUACAUUACCAUCAUGAUGUGAUGUUAUCCUAAUUUUGUGUUCCAAAAGGAAUACAGUAGAGUGGCGAGCGAGAGGUAACUGAUACUUUAACUAAUAACAAGUUUUAUAACCUAUAAUAAACAAAAAAAUUUUAUACACAUUUGAAAUUUGUGUCUACUACAAGAUGCAGUCAUGAUGAACCAGCUUCGGAUAUGUCAAAGUGUGAGAUUACAAAAAGCAUGGAAAAGAGCAACCGUAAGCAAGAGGAGCAUGCAGCGAGAUACAGAUGUGAGCACGACGGCUGUGAGAGGACAUACAGUACUGUGGGCAACCUAAGGACUCACAUGAAAACUCACAAAGGUGAAUACAGGUUCAAAUGUCCAAUGCAGACAUGUAAUAAGGCAUUUCUCACAUCGUACAGUUUGAAAAUACACGUUCGCGCGCACACUAAGGCGAAACCAUUCGCUUGCACGAUGGGCAACUGUAGGAAGGCUUUCAACACAUUAUACAGGUUACGAGCACAUCAGAGGUUACAUAGUGGAGACACGUUCAAUUGUCAAGCGGAUGGAUGUUCUAAGUUCUUUACGACGCUCAGCGAUUUGAAGAAACACAUACGCACACAUACACAAGAGAGGCCAUAUAAAUGCAGAUCAGACGGCUGCGGCAAGUCAUUCACGGCUUCGCACCACCUGAAGGCGCAUUCUCGCACCCAUCGUCCUCCUGCACCCGUCGCAUCCAAUCAUCAGCCAGAAGCAGAAAAAACCAUAGUAAAAGCAAUACCAUCAGCGGCAAAUAGUCCGACGAAAACGACAAAACCUACAAGCGACUGGCCGAACUGGGAUGGUCUCUUAGAAUCCUUCGGACGCAUCACUACAGAAUCCAAUUCCACCGAUGGCAGUUUAGAAGAUAUCGCUAGAGGAAAUCCACUUAACAAUAACGUAGACUUAACCGAACUAUUUUUUGAUAACGCUACUAACCAAACUAAACCUAAUAACAGUCUAACCGAUUACGAAUUAACUAAUUUAGAUACUAUAUCUCCGUUCGAUGUAGAAAAGAAGAAGGUUCAAGAAGAUGCAUGGGUUGAUGUAACUGAUUUUCAAGUAGCAGUGCCAUUAGAGAAUGAAAUAGUUGGUGAUAAUAAAAUGGAAGUUAAAACGAAAGCUGUACAAUUGGCUUUAGCUAACGAGAUUGAGGUACAAGCACCGUGGGUGGAUGUCAGCGCUUUAGCAUCUUCAAUAUCAGAAACGCCGGUCAGUAUAAAAGAGAAGACACCGGAAAAUAUUUUCACUCUAGCAACGUUCGUACCGACACAUAUGCAGAGCUAUAUCGACUUGAAUUCCGAAGUAACGCCAACAGCAAAUCUCAUGUCACAAAGCACCUUCCAUUUAGAUACUCCAAGCAUACUAGAUGUUGGUGAUAAAGUUUUCAAUGAUAGCGAACUUGUAACUAACUUAGGACAUAGCAAACUCGAUUCUGUUAUUGAUAAUUUGUUAGAAACUACGAAUGAUGAUAGAUCUCUCAAUACUCCACCGCCUACUAAAGUGCAGCAAAAUAUAGAAAUAAACCCAGCAAAUUCUGUACUCUUCAAUACAGAGUUGGCUCUUGAAGACACUUUAUUGUUUAAUAACGAGCCUCCAUCCGAUAUGUACGUGGUGAGGACAGAAAACAUAUUUGGAAAGGAAAUAGCUAAGAGGAACGCGUUAGAGCAGUUAGCGGCAGAUGCUGGGAUAUGUUCGUGUUCAGAAUGCAAAUGUGAUCCAAACAGUGAAUGUGGGAAAUGUUCCCAAAGAGAAAGCUCCUCUGGACCACAAAGUUGCACGGAAGAUAAAUGCUCGUGCAUUGAUUGUAAAUGCAACCAUGCGGAGAUGAAGUGCGCUGUCGGAUGCGGCCGGGCUACAGAUACGAAUCACAAUACAUUCUUACAUUAUCACCGUCGGCAUAAUAAUUCAAAUUUAGAAGAACUAGGUGUUUACACUAUACAUGAAUGUGACCAAGAUAUGCCAGCUACCGCAAUCAUAGAUAAAUUGAAAUGUUCGUGUAAAACCAUAGAUUCAAAAACUUGUAAUGAUUGCACCAAUAAAAGUGCCUCUGAUACGUGUUGUGACGAAGCCAACAAUAAUAGUAAGUCGUGUUGUGUUACAAUUUGUUUUAAGAAACUCGACGCAUUCAAACAGUUUCUAUCUGAUAACGAUUUAAUAGAUGCUUUGAAAGCGCAUAACUUCAAUCUAACCACAAGCUUAUAAGUAGUUGCUUUAUAGACCGCUGCAUUUAAUACGUACAAAAUUGAGUUCCUUGCAAUAUUUUAUGUUUGCUAUUAGUAUUUUUUAUUUUAUUCUGUUGGUAUGAUUGAAACAGGGAAAUUGUGUAUAAUACUUGUGAUGCUUCUGUUUUAUGUAGAAUAGACUUGUUUUAUUUCUAUUAUAAUUUAUUUUUUAAUAUGUGUAAUGUAUGCCCCUUUUAGGCAUAAAUUACUUAUUUGUUAUUGUGGUGUUUUGUUAUAAAUGAAAAGUGCUAAUGCCAGAUUUACGUUUACUUUAAAACUAUAUCCCAUUACAAUACGAAUUAAAGCAUUUUAAUUAGCUAUUUAAGUGCUACCCUCUUAUCGAUAAAGCUCUUGCCACUUAAUACUAUUUUCAGUGAGUCUCUUCACCUCUUGAUACGACACGACACCAACUUUUUCCUUGAUCUCCCUUAUGCUUCAAUGUAAUAAACAUUGGAAAAUAGGUCAACAAUAUUAAAAUUCUUAAUAUAUACUAAUUUUUACGUAUUAUUUUAAAUUAUUGUUGGAUUGAGCCAAGGAAUUGAUGAAAAUUAUGGACGAUUUAUUUUUAUAUGUACGUGUUAAUAAUUAUAAAUGUUUCUAUUAUUUAUUUAACAAAUAUCCAAAGGAUAAUGCCAAAACUAAUGAAUAAGUAUUUGUUUUUUUUUUUUGUUAAUAAUAAAAAAUGUUUAACGUCUAAUAAAUAUGCCUACAGUAUUUCAUACUUAUAUUAAAUGCGGCUUAUGAACUAACAUGGUAUUAUAUUAUUUAUUUUAAAAAUACUAAUUUUAUUAAUAUUUUGUCACAUAUUUUGUAACAUGGAUGAUGUCAGGGUUUAGUUAUAUUAAAAAUGGUUAUCGAAUUAAAAUAUUAUGACGACUAAGAAUAUAAACUUCUUAACAAGUUGCAAGUAAGUCUAUUGAUAGAACCGUUAUCGCAAGCGAAUUCAUAGGAUAGAAUGAGAUGACACGUGUGUUGUCUUGUUCUUUCCUAUACGAGCUAGAUACUAAUUAAAAUGAUGCUAUCGACAGAUUUUGCUACUCAUAGGUACAGAGGAGUAGUUUGAAUACAUUUUUGUAAAAUUGUAAAAUCUAAACAAAAGAAAAUAUUAACCCUAGAACUACUAACCGGAAUAGAUAUCUAAUUCAGGCAAACUGAACUGAGUUCUUAUGUUAGUUACAAUCUUCAGAGUCCCAAAUGAGUAGACUUAUUCAUCAUGUUUUUCUUCAAAGUUUGUGUCCUCUUUGAAAUCCCCUUUGAAACUCGGUUAUUUAGAAAAAUAGUUAUACAUUUUUGUUUAUUAUAUGAUGGUUGGACCGUCUUUCACUAUUAGCUAUUUAAAUAGAUUAUUCACUAACCUCUAAACCUUGGUAAAAAUUAAUUUGCUCUUGGCCAUAAAAGAACAAGUAAAUUCAUGUAUUUAUGAUUCAGAUUACUGCUCUUAAUGACUUUACGACGAAGAAACCUUUUAGGAGUAAAUAUUUACCUCGGUUUGUAAUUUACAGGUAAAAAAAUGGGUUUGUAGUUCCAGGGUAUAUUUGGAUGGAUAAAUUUAUUUGCAUGAGUAUAGAUGUAUGCAAAUAAAGCCUAUUCGCUAUCUCUCUCUUGUUAUAAGGACUUAGAGAUGCCUACGUAUACCUAUGUUACCUAUCUGUUUUUUAAAUUUCUGCACAUAGUAUGAUACUCUGUAAUUAUAUAAAAUUUGGAAAACAGAUGGCACUUAUUAUUGUAGUUGGUAUUUUUUCAAUUACAAUAUAUUUACAUUUUCGAAGCAAAAGAUAUCAUGAUUAAUAAUAACAAUAAUUUUAUUGCAUAAAAAUUGUACUUAAUUAUAUUAAAUGAGAAUAAAGUAUUGAAUUCCUUUAUUGUGUUAAGUAGAUAUUGAAGACGAUUCUGAGAAACCACAAUGUAAAUUUCUGUCUAAAAUUAAAAUUCUAAUUUGAUAGUUUAGCAAAACUAUUAUCAUUAGUGUUACAGGCAUCCAUAGGUUACAGUGACCGUUUACCAGGCUAUAUGCCACUUUUCUGGUAUAAAAAAAAGAAUGGGCCAUCAAAAUUCAAAUGUACUUCGGGCACAAUUUUACUUAAAAUUAGUUUACCAGUAUGAUCCAAUAUCAAUUAAAAUAUUAACUUUAGUGAUAGUGAAUGAUACUUCAGAUCAACUCUAUUGUAUACAACGAUAUCAAAUAAAUAUAUUUACUUGUUGCUGACUUUUAUAUAGAUAUAUAUUAUUUUUAUGUUACUUGCCAUAAUCGAGGCAAUCUUAUACUGUUUGCCAUUCGAGUGCCAUAUUUUAAUGUAAUUUGUUGUGAUCAAAUACGUCUAGAUGGGAAAAAAUAGCCAAUUGUGGGCUGUUUGUUUUUUUCAUUCAUUUUUUUUGUCAGUUUGUAUUAGUUGACGGCUUGUGUAAUAUAAGUUACCAGUUACUAGAUUUAUACAUUUUAUAAGCGCGCUAUUUUGAUAAAAGUAGGCUGUUUUUGUCGAAGCAUUUGUAUAGAGGUACUCCAUCUAGAUGAUGUUGAUCUUAUAAUCUGUAUAUAUGUUAAGAAAACACAAUAUGUGCUAUAUUUAGCUAUUGAUAGUUUUAUCUUGUGUAGUUUUAAGUGAAUUAUGACUGGUUUUAGUCAUUUAAGUGCAUAUUUUAUGUAUAACAAGAUAAAACUAUACUCACAAACUAAAAAAAAUAAUACGCAAUUACUUAUGAACUCUUCGAUAACUGUAUGAAAAGGAUCGCAGGGCGUAACAAAUAAAAAUCUAGUGAAAGUAUUCAUAAGAAAGGAGUCCAGUUGUAGUCUAAAUAUAAUUGAACAGUGAAGGAAGAAAGUAAUGAUAUUUGCUGCCGGAGUCAAAGAGCUUCAUCAAUUGAGUUAAAAAUUCUAUAAUAUUUUUAUAGAAGAUUAUCAAUUAUCUACAUCUUGUAUAUAUUGUUCUCUUAUAUCAACUUUUAAUAUCAAUUCAUUGAUAUAGAUAUAUUUUUUAUUUAUUAAUACUUUGGCUAGAAACCAAGCCUAAAAAGUUAUAAUUAAUAACAAAAGACAGCUGAAUACAAAAUAGUAGUACAAGAUUUACAUACGUACUUAAUUAUACCUAUCGAUAUUUUGAAUAGGUAAAUCUAAUAAUGCAAUAUUUCUAUUUUUACGACAUUCGAAUUUUGAAUUUAUAAUAUUUUUCUUUUUAGAGUGUCUUUUUUUUACAUAUUUUUCCUUUUAGAGUGCCCUUUUUUACUAAUAUUUAGCAAAUAAAGGUUACAAAUAUUUUUUUACUACAAUUAAAAAAAUAUUAAAAGAAUUAUAUAUAGAUAGGUGUGCAAUGUUUUAUACCAUUUUUUUUUUUUUGCGAAUUGUCUAGUCAUUAAUUUUAUCUUAUCUAUUUUGAAAAAACAGUUUUCAGGCAUGUGUUUUAUAUUUGGUUGUGUAAAAGCUUCUAAAACAUAAUUCUCAAUAACAUUCGUUAAGAAAGUUGCAAAUUAAGGAAAGUUAGUAGAAUUUCACAAAUACUAUCACUAGAUUUUGUUUUUUUUAUGGCCCUUUCAUUACAUUGUAUUUUAUUAUAUGGGUCAGUGCCUUGCUCUGAUAACUUAGUGAUAUUGGUGCCUUAAUUGUUGUUAUUGUACUUAUGUUGUGCUUAAAAUGUACAAUAUGUUGAAUAAUUUUAUAAGAGAUUUUCUAUUAGUUUAACAACCAGCAAUAAUAAUGUAAACUGUAAGUUUCUAGUCCGUGUAACAAUAAAAAGCUUUUUAAAUAUG